GUUUAAUAUUAUAUUUUUCAUAAUGCAAAAGCAAAUUUAUAAACAACAUGAAAAUUCAGAUGUUGUAAAAUAUGGGAACAACACCGGAUUGUUGUUCACUUGUGAUCAUGCUACUAAUGUGUAAAUAAUCAUUAAAUUAUUUAGAUUGCCAUAAGGUCAUGAAUGGUCAGAAGAGGAUCAAAGAAAUUUCGCAAACACUCAUUGGGCUGUAGACAUAGGGUAAACAAAUUCUCUAUCUAUAGAGCAUUGAAUUUGGCAAAAUAUUUGGCCAAUCACACUGAGUCUACUCUUGUGAAUAGUAAAUACAGGUACAAAAUCCGAAAAUAUUUAGUCGACUUUAUUGCGAUGUCAAUAGGCAAAUUCAGUCAGAAUCACUCUUCAGGUAGACAGGAGAUAACCAAAAAAUUGAAUUGAAUUAAAGUAAGGAACAAAAUUUAAUGUUUCAGAUUUAUCUCUUGAAGAACAAUGGAUAAGAAUCCAAUACCAUUCAAACUAUCAUUUUGAAGUUAGAUAAGCCAUACAUGAAUUAAAACCUAAAUUUAUUUAUUCAAUUCACUCCUUUACACCUGAAUAUGAGGGAAAAAAGAGAGAUGUUGAGAUAGGCAUAUUGACUAGCAUCUUCGAUGAAUUCGGAGAGGCGCAUCAACAAAUUCUAAAAAAUAAAGGAUACGAUUGUAGAAUCAAUGAACCUUAUACUGGAAAAAAAGGUUUAAAUUAUUCUAUUGACUGGUACAAAUGUUUAAGUAACUUUUUCUAGUGCGUGUUUGACUUUUGCUAAACCGACAGUUGGAACUUUGUUUGAAGUUAGGAACGACAUCCUCAGCAACCCAGAGAGAUUUGCGAAGGUUUCUGCAGACAUACUAGCAACCAUAUUAGAAGUCAUUGGAAAAUGGAAAUGAGUUAUUAUAUAUAGAUUAAUUAAACAU